GUUCUCGCGGGAAUGGGUAAUUACUGCUACGUGCCUUUCGACAUGGAGUCUGAUGGCAAAGAAUUUCGAACAUUCACCCUACUCCCUGGCUUGAAGGAGCAGCCGUUAGAAUGCCUUCUGGAACACGGGGAUAUAGCCGCACCGCCUGUCUACGAUGCCGUCUCUUAUGUUUGGGGGGAUCCUCUCGAUAGUACCGAGAUUAUAUGCAACGGUAAAGCCUUGACCAUCACAACCGGGCUCGCAGCAGCUUUACGGCAUCUCCGCUCGACGUCCGCAAGGAAAAGAUUGUGGGCAGACGCUAUAUGUAUUAAUCAGAACGAUACUGACGAGCGAGAGAACCAAGUUCUCCGCAUGAAAGAUAUUUAUAAGGGGGCUAGGGAAGUUUUCAUAUGGCUCGGCGAAGAGAGAGAGGAUAGCGACAAAGGCGUCGCCGUCGCUAAAGACCUCGCCCGAGCGCACCUUCAAUUUGAAGAAUGCGGCGGCACGCUCGAAACGCUGAACUUCGACGACGAGAACGUGCGGAGGCUUUUUGGGCGAUUUAGGGACCCUCUAGAGUUCCCCCGACUGUCGGCUUUCGCCACGAUCAUCCGGAGGCUUUGGUUCACGAGAGUCUGGGUUGUCCAAGAGCUUGCGCUGGCCACCGAGGCGACGGCGCACUGUGGGGAUUCGUCUAUUAGUUGGGAUGACCUCGUGGUUGCCAUCACGGUGCAGGACCACCUCAACCUUUGGCUGUCUGACCACGAGCGCAACGCUUACGUCUUCAUCUUGGAGAGAGCUCGCCGGGAGCGGAAUAUCGGGCGGGACCUCCUCAGCGUUCUCUUCCGGUACCGAAUCCUCAACGCUACCGACGCGCGAGACAAAAUUUUCGGUCUGAGUGCUUUAGCCGAAAGUGAAAACUCCGAAGCUGGGACACUGCGGCCGGACUACAACGUUAGCACUGCUGAAUUGUAUGUCGCGGUGGCAAGAAAGAUCCUGAAGGAUUCAGAAGACCUCAACUUGCUUUCGGUUCCCCGCCGCUUCUUGGGCACGUGUCCUAGCGGCUUGCCAUCUUGGGCACCCGAUUGGAGCAACACGAGGCUCACCGCGCCGUUGGGCCUGGUCAACUACUCCGAUAUCAGUGAGCUCGCGUUUGCUGCGAGCGGACCCUCGCGACCACAAAUCAGGCUCGGCGACACCGACCUGGCUUUGCUCGGCGUCUGGGGCCACGAUGUUGAUCGAAUCGCCUCUGUAGGGACGGUUCUAAUGCUAGAGCGUCUCCCGCGCACAAAUUACCACGGUGUCCGCGUUCCAAAAUGUGCCUUCGUCUUAGACGACUGGUCUCGCGUUGCCGAACUCCGCAAGUCCGAACUGUACAGGUCCGGCGAACCGAUCCGCGACGCCUUCAUUCAAACCCUAGUGGCCGAGUCGUCACACGAGAGCGUCGAGACAUUGCGCAGCCAACUUGACAUUCUCGAGCGGUACGCAGUCAUAGCUCGAUGGGUUUCGUUUUUGCCGGAAUUUCUCCCGAAUUGGUUGGUCGAUAAGAUUGUUGGCUUGGUUCAUGCGGCAGUGUUCCGUGGACGGACGGACCGGAUGACCUUGAAUUUCCGGAGACAUCUGUCGUCGCUGGCCGAUCGGCGGGUGUUCCGGACCGAGAGGGGAUACAUAGGGUUGGGAUCUGCUCUCGCCGAGGUUGGCGACGAAAUCGUAGUCGUCCAGGGCGCGAAGGUCCCUCUUAUCCUGCGGGCGAGAGAGACGCAGUGGACAUUGCAGGGCGACUGUUUCCUAAAGGGCAUAAUGCAAGGGGAGGCGUAUCACGAAGACAAGUGCGCCUGGAUGUGGAUUGUGUAAGAUCCUCUGCUUGCCUGUCUAUCGAGAUGGACAGCGAAAUGGUGUUUUUUCUCUAUACGUAUUUUGUCUUGCUCUAUACAAAUCCUGUCUCGGCAGAUGUGUAGAAAAUGACUAACACGACGACACACGCACAAUGACGCACGCAAGAAUUUGUGGGAAGGAGCGUAGAGCUCUGCUGAUGAGGAAGGAGAGUUCAGC